AUGAUCGAGGUUCAAACCGAUGAUUUUGCAAUCUCUGUGGCGUCGUUUUUCAUGAAGGUCGCCGGUUUUUGGAUGUACGUCGACCAAGCCGAAAAACGUCGCAGAAACAUCACUUUGUUUUACACCGUCGCGCUGAUACUAUUCUCUGUCUACGUGCAAGUAACCGAUUUCUAUUACACCGAAGAUGAUUUUAUCGGUUAUCUGUUUCUGCUCGUCAACAUUCUAACGGUGAUCGGAGUUCUGUUCAAAAUAUUCGUGCUGCUUCCGCAUAGGGAGAAUUUCUUUAGAUUAGUGGUCCAUCUGCAGCGGCACUUUUUAAACGCGGAAUACGACGAAUACGAGAAAACGAUAAUGCACCGAUGCAAAAGGCUCUGCGCGAUCUUCGUCGGACUGAUCACUUUAUUCGUGCAUUUGACAGGGAUUUGCUACGCGGUGAGCCCAGUGAUAGCAAAUAUUGGGAAGAACGAAUCGGAUAGGGUGCUUCCGUUCAACAUGUGGGUAAAUGUAGUGCCGAUAACUAUGACGCCAUAUUACGAGAUAGCUUUUACUGUUGAGGUUUUAGCCCUCUAUCAAAUCUGUGUAACAUAUUUCUGUUUCGACAAUUGCCUAUGUAUCAUGAACCUCCACGUGGCCUCCCAGUUUCGCAUACUACAGUAUAGAUUAGCACACUUGAGGUGUAUUUACGAAAAACGAAAUUCUGUCGGUGGCUUGAAAAUCUGUGCGAUAAUGCCGACAAAGGAUGUCUACGGUACGUUAAAAAGAUAUGUCCACCAGCACCAAGUGCUUAUCGCGUUUUGCAAAAAGCUCGAGGAGAUAUUCAAUCUGGUGGUGUUGGGAGACAUACUCGCAUUUAGUAUUGUGAUCUGCCUGAACGGGUGCCAAGCGCUUAUGAUAGAUUCUGCAAGACGCUUCAUUUUCAUAUUUUUCCUGCUCACCUCAUUUGUCCAUCUCUUGAUGUUCACCUACAGCUGCGACGUCGUAAUGCACGAGAGUCUGAAAGUUGCUGCAGGAAUUUACGAUUCCCCGUGGUGUUACUUGACGUUCAAUGAUCACGGAAGAAUGCUACGGAAAGACGUCGUACUCAUCAUCAUGAGGUGCAAAUUUCCUUGCUGCAUAACAGCCCGAAGGUUCUUCCCUGUAACCUUAGAAACAUACACAAAGGUAUGGAGUACAGCAGCUUCCUACUUCACGCUGUUGAGACAAACGUUGGACGACAUGGCUAUUUUAUACUCCCUUGUCAGCUUUCUAAGCGUGACUAAUGGACUAUUCAAGACGCUUGUGCUGUACUCACAUAAAAAGGACUUUCUGAUACUAGUGGAUCACCUGCGACGACAGUUCUUGUAUUCGGAUUACAACACCUACGAGAGAACAAUGGUGAACGCAACGAAGAAUACUUGCGCGGUUUUCAUCGGUCUCUUCACCUUCUUUACGCACAUAACGGCAUUUUCCUAUAUCUUAGGCCCAUUGCUCAUGAGCAUUGGGAAAAAUGAAACGGACCGAAUGUUCCCGUUCAACUUGGGGCCGGUGUUCAGUCUCACUCCAUACUACGAAAUAACAUUUUUCGUGCAGUCUUUGUUCGUGUACCAAUCCGGUGUUUGCCAUUUUUGCUUCGACAAUGCUCUAUGCAUCAUGAAUCUCCACGUGGCUACACAGUUUCGUAUACUGCAGUACAGACUGUCGAACCUGAAGAGUAAAAGUCGUCAAGACGAUUCGGACGACCGAGUACCUAGUACCUCGGCGAAUGCUUAUGCGAUUUUUAAGAGAUGCGUCCAACAGCAUCAAAUGCUUAUCGCAUUUUGCAACAAGCUCGAAGAGGUAUUCAAUUUGAUAGUGUUUGGACAGAUGCUCAUCUUUAGCUUGGUGAUUUGCCUCAAUGGACUGCAAGUGCUUAUGGUUGGUAAACCAAAAAAAAAAUGA